AUGGCCCUCAGUGAUGCUGAUGUGCAAAAGCAGAUUAAGCAUAUGAUGGCUUUCACUGAACAAGAGGCCAAUGAGAAAGCAGAAGAAAUAAAUGCAAAGGCAGAAGAAGAGUUCAACAUUGAGAAAGGUCGUCUUGUGCAAACUCAAAGAUUGGAGAUUAUGGAAGACUAUGAGAAGAAAGAAAAGCAGAUUGAGCAGAAGAAAAUUCAGAUGUCUAAUUUGAUGAAUCAAGCAAGGCCGGAGGUCCUCAGAGCAAGAGAUGACCUUAUCACAGACCUUCUGAAUGAAGCAAAGCAGAGACUCAGCAAAGUGGUGAAAGAUACAUCCAGGUACCAGGUGCUGCUGGAUGGACUGGUCCUCCAGGGCUUGUACCAGUUGUUGGAGCCCCGAAUGAUUGUUUGUUGCAGGAAACAAGACUUUCCUCUGGUAAAGGCUGCAGCACAAAAAGCCAUCCCUAUGUACAAGGUCGCCAUCCAAAAGGAUGUUGAUCUCCGGAUCGAUCAGGAGGCAUUCUUGCCUGAGGACAUAGCUGGUAGGGUUGAGAUCUACAACCGAGACUGGAAAAUAAAGGUUUCUAACACCCUGGAAAGCUGGCUGAACCUCUUAGCCCCACAGAUGAUGCCGGAAGUCUGGGGAGCCUUGUUUGGUGCAAAUGCCAAUGAGAAGUUUUUGGACUAA